CCUGAUUCCAAGAAGAGGACAAGGGUGCCUUCAGUAGAGACUCCUGGCUCCCCCCACCCCACCUCACAGAUGCUUUAGGAAACCGCAGGUGAGCAAUGGCAGGUGCUGGUGAGCGCAAAGGCAAGAAGGACGACAAUGGCAUCGGCACAGCCAUUGAUUUUGUGCUUUCCAAUGCCCGGCUGGUGCUGGGUGUUGGUGGAGCAGCCAUGUUGGGCAUCGCCACCCUGGCAGUUAAGCGGAUGUAUGAUCGGGCAAUCAGUGCCCCUACCAGCCCCACCCGCCUGAGCCAUUCAGGGAAGAGGAGCUGGGAAGAGCCAAACUGGAUGGGCUCCCCUCGACUGCUGAACAAGGACAUGAAGACAGGCCUGAGUCGGUCUCUGCAGACUCUUCCCACAGACUCCGCUGCCUUUGACACAGAUACAUUCUGCCCACCCCGGCCCAAACCAUUGGCCAGGAGGGGCCAGGUAGACUUGAAGAAGUCACGACUCCGCAUGUCCCUGCAGGAGAAACUUCUUUCUUACUACCGGAACCGGGCAGCCAUCCCUGCUGGAGAGCAGGCUCGGGCCAAGCAAGCUGCGGUGGACAUAUGUGCAGAGCUCCGGAGCUUCCUGCGGGCCAAGCUGCCUGACAUGCCACUUCGGGACAUGUACUUGAGUGGCAGCCUCUAUGACGAUCUGCAGGUGGUGACGGCUGAUCACAUCCAACUCAUUGUCCCCCUUGUGCUGGAGCAGAACCUGUGGUCGUGCAUACCUGGCGAGGACACCAUCAUGAACACACCUGGAUUCUUCCUGGUCCGUCGGGAGAACCCAGAGUACUUUCCUCGUGGUAGCAGUUACUGGGACCGCUGUGUUGUAGGUGGCUACCUCUCCCCAAAGACAGUGGCAGACACAUUUGAGAAGGUAGUGGCAGGCUCUAUCAACUGGCCAGCCAUAGGGUCCCUCUUGGACUACGUGAUCCGACCAGCACCCCCCCCAGAGGCCCUGACGCUAGAAGUGCAGUACGAGAAGGACAAACAUCUUGUCAUUGACUUCCUGCCAUCAGUGACCCUCGGUGACACUGUCCUGGUGGCCAGGCCGCACCGGCUAGCUCAGCAUGACAACCUCUGGCGGCUGAGCUUGCGCCCUGCUGAGACGGCACGCUUACGGGCUUUGGACCAGGCUGACUCAGGCUGUCGGUCUCUGUGCCUCAAGAUCCUCAAGGCCAUAUGCAAGUCCACUCCAGCUCUGGGCCACCUCACUGCCAGCCAGCUAACCAAUGUCAUCCUCCACUUGGCCCAGGAGGAGGCUGACUGGUCUCCAGACAUGCUAGCCGACCGUUUUCUGCAGGCUCUGAGGGGACUCAUUAGCUACUUGGAGGCUGGAGUCUUGCCCAGUGCCCUGAACCCCAAGGUGAACCUAUUUGCAGAGCUCACCCCUCAAGAAAUAGACGAAUUGGGAUAUACUCUCUACUGCUCGUUGUCUGAGCCGGAGGUGCUGCUGCAGACGUAGGGCAGGUGAAGGCCGGAGUGGGCAUCGGGUGAUCAGACCCAGAGUCUCCGUUAGAAACACUUGGCUACAUGGUUGGUGCCUCACAGGGUCCCUAGGUGCCUCCUGUUUUGCUGGUUGUUGUCCUGGUCACUUCAUGCUGAUUAGAAUGACAUCCCUUUGGUUUCCCCACCCUUCCCUAUUUUUGUUACCAAACACUGUGCUCCCUACUGCCGCCUUGCUCUAGGCUGAUCUUUCUGGAACGAACAGAGAAGGUGGAGUGCUGGCCUCAGCUGUUGGGUGUUUCAUUUUUUUUGCCCCAGAUUUCUUGCGUUUCUGUCUUCUCUGCAUUCUUCUGCCCUUUGGCCUCUUACUUGUUCUUCCCUGUCUUUCCCUUUCUUGGUCACACCUGUUUGCUCUGCCCCCGGAGCACGUCUGCCUAAGGAAGAUGUCGCCUGAGGUCUGUACACAAGAGCUGAUUGCAUGUUUUCAAGCUGAGCUCUGCCGAGGAAUGAGACAGUGUUUAGAUUUCUGGGGGGAGGCUGGCAGUCUCUGCCCUGGCAAAUCAGCUUUGACUCUGCUUCCUGGAAAGCAAGCUCUUCCCUUUUCCCUCCCUCUCCCAAGCAACUCCUGUUUAUUUGUGCUAAGACUUUUUCACCUGGGGAUGGUGCUCUGAGCCCACAGCAGGAGCCGGAUACAGUUGUUUUACUGGAGUUUGUGCUGUUUUAUGGGAGCACUGGGGAGGGGCUCUGUGUUCCCACUGUCUGUUUCUGUCUGUGGUCACUAAAGUCACACAGACAGGGAAGGCUGGGGGGCUUCACAGGCACCACCUCCAAGGAUGCUGGUUUCCUUUAUUGCCAACAGAAGAAGGCCUUGCUUUAGCAGUAGAGGCCAAGGGAUGGCAACAGGAAGCAGAGUAUCAGCUGAAACCCAGUGACCAUGUUUUCUUCUUGACAGGCUCUACCUUUCUUAAAUGUUGCCUUAGAGCAAGAACAUACCCAGGGCCAAUGCCUCUCACCUGACCCCUGUCCUCAGCGAUCUGAGAGAGUGUUUGCUGAGCACCGUAGGUACCUCCACAGGCCAGAGGGCACACGGACACGCCAGCCCUCGUCCCUCGUCCCUCGCCUGUCUCCUGGGGAGACUGGUGCUACCUAGGAGGAUAGCACAUAGAUGAGACGUACAGGAAAGAGUGGGGCUUCCCACAUUGCUGCUAAGAUCCACGUUUAUGGCCAUGUAAUCGUAUCCUACGGGUUGGGGGAAGGGAGGUGUUAAUAUAUCAUGUCAGUGUGUCUUUUUCUUCUGUUCCUGACAAGAGGCUGACAGUAUCUGGUUCUAUUCGCCCGUCUAGCAUUUGUUCUCCAUCAAGUCUUUCUGUUUCACCUGUUACUACCUCUCCAGCAGUGUGAUUCUGCAGCUGUGUUGGCCCUUCCUAACGAGGGGGAACUGAGUGGCUAUAAAUAGCACUGACCCUGCGGCAACCCACUUGAAAUUAGGGUAGAGAUAGGUACCUGCCCCCCCAUCCAUAGGUUAGGAGGUUGAGCCAGGCUCUGUUUAGUUUUUGCCUCUUCUCCCAUGUAGGAUAGUAUGAGAAACUUGAAAAAGAGAAAGCCAAGAACUUUAAGAACCUUAAAUGAAACGUGCCCCUGGCUGUUAAUAAUGAAAUGGGAUUUGAAGACAUGUGUUGCCUAGGUUGGACUAAGUAGGUAUAGAAGGGCUGACAUUGAGGGGUCCAAGGUUCUAGCUGGUGCCUGUUUGGGGGGGGGUGUUGAUAGACUGCUGCAAAACCAGCGUUUGUUUAGAUAGAGUUGGAUUUGCUGCUGUAAGUAUUCUAAGACUUUCCCAAGCUGUCUUCUCUGAACUGACUCCAUUUAAGAUGCCGGAAAGAGUGCAAACAAACCCCCAGAUUUGAAGAUGCUUGAGAUUUUAAAUAUCCCAAAUCAUUACAGCCAUACGUCAUUGUGAAUCUAGGCAAACAGUGAAUUAUCUCUAGGAGCAGCUUUGACUUUGGACUGUGCUUUGACUUGGCCAUCUUAUAAGCAAGAGACUCUUAGAAGGCCUCAGAACAAGGAGAGGGGAACAGCUCUGCCCUGGGGGUUGUUCUUAGCUGGGUGGGCCUUCCUCUUUGCUGUCACUUUCUUUGUCAUAUGUAUGGGAGGCGGCAGAUGCUCUGGGACGCUUGGAUGGAGAAGGAAAUCUUCUGCGCCCCCCUCCCCCCCACUGUUGGAAGACCCAGUGGCUGUGCCUCCACCCUGCCUUUCUCUCCAGUGCCUCCCAGACUCCAUCCUUGAUGCCUGAAGCUGCACUCAGUACCUAGGUAACCAAGCAAAUCCCAAGUUUCUUCUGGUUCUUCUCUGUUGCCCUUUCUCUCAAACACGGAAUUCAGGAUAGCAGUAUUUUUCUUCACAUUAACAGUUGAGACUUUUUAAAAAAUAAAACGGAAAAGCUGUUGAAGACUCCUCAUCUCCUUGGGCAAGGCCCUGGCUGAUUUUACUCUACCGUAACCCUCCCUUAAAGGAGCUCAGAUGGUUAAGGUGAAUCAGCUUCAGGAACAAGGCCCUGAGGGACCCUGAGAGCAGGGGUGCUCCAUGUGUUCAGAGCCUUCUGCCAAGGUACACUUCCUUGGGAUUACGACUUGGUAAGACUGAGAGCAUCUGCUACAAGUCUAGCAUUUUUUUUUUUUUUUUUUCCUUAAAAGCUCAAGGCUAAGGUAAAUGAAUAGGCACUUGGGACUAGAGUUUACCCUUGUACUAGGUUGGGAGGUUGUAAGCCUCUUAGACUUAUAAAUGGCCAAAAUACCAGGAUGUAGGUUCAGUAUUUAACUGCAGACUGGGGGUGAGAUGGGUGUUAACUUUUAUUUUGAUCACCUUCUAGUCUUUAAACUCUUGGUCUGAGGCCAGGUCCACACCUUGCCUUGGUGCCUGCCCUGCCAAGGUUUCAGUGUGGUAAGCUGGUAGAAUGGAACCAGUCAUGAAUCGUUGUGUCCUGUCUGGGUUGGGUCCAUAUAGGAGCAGCUUAGCUUUGAGGCCCAGACCUUUAUUCCUUUUUCUCCUUGAAGGAGGAAAUUCACCUGGGGAAAACAGCAUCUUCUGCAGCAUGGGAAGAAGAAAAUAAAAAUCUCCUUUCCAACA